AUGAACGGCGACUUGGUUGUACCUGGUCAAUACAUAACUCCGAUAUAUAAGCGAGAUGGCGACGUUAUAUCCCAGUUUAUAGCCGGUCCUGGAACCGUUGUGACCGAUGUGAAGAGUGGGGAAAAUUCGGUAAUCAAAGUAAUAAGCUCCACCAUAUUAGGGAAAAUACAUACUGAGGCUACCCCAGAAGAAAAGAUCACUAAGAGCGUAGUAUCGGUACUCAGUACUAAGAACAAUAGCUAUAGGUCAUCAGACACGUCUAAUGAUCGUCAUAAUACAAAGUCUAGCUGUCUACCUUCCGAAGGAGAUAUUGUACUUGUGAAGAUCACCAGAAUCGGUCAGAGACAAGCCAACUGUGAAUUGUUAACCGUGGAAAGUCUGGGUAACAUUCUUCCCGAUAGUGGUGUUGGUGCUAAUGGCGAUUUGGCACAUGGCAGUGUAACAGCCGGAGGAGGGUCUCAAGCCUUGACAUCGCACCAAACCAUAGCGUCGUCUCAGACCAGUGGACCUCAAGCCGUGGGGAUGGACUUGGGUGAGGGUUUCAAAGGGAUCAUCAGAUCUCAAGACGUUAGAAGCACAGACAGAGAUAAGGUCAAGAUAGUGGACAGUUUCAGACCAGGAGACAUUGUACGAUGUUUGAUUAUCAGUUUAGGUGAUGGCCAAAACUAUUAUAUGAGCACUGCCCGAAACGAUCUUGGGGUUGUUUUCGCUCAAUCUAUGGGAGGAGCUGGAGAUGUGAUGUUUCCUUUGGACUGGCAAUCUAUGGUUGACCGAACGGGUGUGGUUGAGCAACGGAAGGUGGCAAAGCCAUUUAUAGAGUAA